AUGCAAUUGAAACAAGAUGAAUCGAAUCGACAACAAUGCUCGGGAAUGUACAGCCGGAAAGCCUGGGGAGGAAGCCAGGACCCAUUCAUUCUAGUUACAAUUCAAAAGGGCGAGUUAAUGAAUCCAGAAUCAGAUCAUCUCGUGAGCUUGGUGACGCAAAAGGAACCGAUAUGCGACCAAGAAAAUAUCGCGGCCAAGCUAUGCACACAAGAGCAACUGGGUUCGUUCAUCUUGGCCGAGAACGCGACGAAACUAGCCAAGUCCCCUAUCGUUACGAUGGCAAUCAACUUAAAGAAUCCCAAACCCAUCAAUUACCCUGUCGUGCGCACGGGGUUCUAUUGCGUGAGCACGUAUGGCUUCUCCGGCGAUGACUAUAAAGGGGUUGUGACGUUUAGGAAUUCAUAUGGAGAAUUGUCAGCUCCUCAAAUCCCGAAGCUGCCAUUCUACGGGGCUCUAACGAUAGUGUACGCGGUAAUUGGAAUAUUUUGGGCAUUCUUAUAUGUACAGAACCGUCAUGAUAUCUUACCCGUCCAAAAUUACAUCACCGCUAUUAUCGUGUUUCUCAUCGUGGAGCAACUCAUGACUUGGGGCUUCUACGAUUAUCAAAACCGACACGGUUCAAAUGCAGUCGCCAAGGUCCUUAUGAUCAUCAUUGCCAUCCUUAAUGCUGGCCGCAAUUCUUUCUCGUUUUUCUUACUCCUUAUCGUCUGCAUGGGCUAUGGUGUUGUGAAGCCGUCCCUUGGACGCACCAUGGUUUAUGUGCGAUUCCUCGCAAUUGGUCACUUCGUUUUCGGUGUCGUAUAUGCCGUGGCUAGCUUGUCCAUCACUCCAGACAGUGCUGGACCGUUGGUUCUCCUGGUGAUACUUCCCCUUGCAGGCACGCUAACAGCGUUCUAUGUUUGGACGCUUAACUCAUUGGGCGCAACGAUGAAGGAUUUAAUCCAUAGGAAGCAAUCUGUCAAGGCUAUGAUGUACAAGAAGCUUUGGUGGUGCAUCCUAGGCAGUGUCAUUGUCAUCUUCGGUUUCUUCUUCAUCAACUCCUUUGUAUUUGCAAGUCGAAGCGUCGCCGACUUCUUACCGGACCACUGGAAAUCGAGGUGGUUUGUGCUGGAUGGUUGGCUCAAUAUCGUCUAUCUAUUUGAUAUUGCAUUUAUUGCAUACCUAUGGAGACCAACCGCAAAUAACAAACGAUUCGCAAUGAGCGACGAAAUUGCCCAAGAUGAUGAUGGGUUCGAAAUUCGCUCCUAUGGCAGCUCAAUCGACGAGGAGGAGGGAGGUGGCGCAAGAGGCUCAGGUGGUAGCGAUGGAAGGGAUCUUUCCCCUGUUCCGCCAAAGCCUAUGGAACCGGUUCCUCAACCAAGCCGACAGUCCCUCGAUGGCGAAACUAUUUUUGCUGUUGGAGAAGACGGAGAUAGAUGGUCGGAUGACGAAUCACCCCGUAAUUCUACUGAAAGAAAAAGGCUAGUGCAAAAAGACGGUGACUAA